UUCUACUACGGAGUGUGUUUUGCUUCGUCUMUCCACACCUUUACUGGGAUUUUGAUUAUUUUGACGUAUUUUUGUACCAUUACGCAACUAAAUCACAUUAACUAGCGUUCUAGAGAGCGUUAACUGCAGUCAAGAGGUUGAAAUCAUGUGAUACUAAGCCAUUUUCAGAACAGCUUGGCAAAAGAAGUCUUCGUGCACCCUUCGCACGUCGAUAUUGAAUAUGGCGUGGGGCUUCUCAGUCAUAGUUCUUUCUAUUCUAGUUGAURUAAUUGCAGUGAAAGCACAAUUAAACCUGUAUGCAGCUAAACAUGAUGUCAAUUCCCAUCUAAAGCUAAACUUCAACUUUGAUCUGUAUUUUAUUAAAAAUGGCGAGCCUGUAGAACUCUUGAAAGACCCCAGGGCAUUUUAUAACUUCAUGUCACCACUUCAGGCCGCCGUUAAAGGAGUGAAAUUGAGUUGGUUUUCGAGUCCCCAG